GGGAGAAAGAGAGAUAAAUUAAACCAAACCUUUUUACAUACACACAAUAUAUAUAUAUAUAUAUAUCAUUACACAACAGAUUCUGCCUAAAAGAAAGAAACAUGACUACGAACUUAACGGCGAUCACCGAAUCAAAGCCUUCGGAGAUAGUAUUAGCGAGAUGCGAAUGUUGCUGUAUGACGGAGGAGUACACGGCGGAGUAUAUCGGAAGCGUAAGGAAUAUUUACGCGGGAAAGUUUAUCUGUGGUCUCUGUUCCGAAGCGGUAGAGUACGAGAUCAUGCGUUGUCGCGGUCGGAUCGGAGUCGACGAGGCUUUGGCCAUUCACAUGAACCUCUGCGGCGAGUUUGUUUCUUCGCCGUCUCCAAAGGUUGAUUUAAUAUCGGCGAUCGGAGAGAUGUUCAGGAGAAGGCUAAUUCUGAACUUGCCGAUGGUCGUGACGUCCGCAGCAACGGCGUCUCCGAGGAGUAUUCCUGAAGGUGGAGAGAUCUGUGCUGCGGCGGUGAUUGGUGGAAGCUGUUUAGCUGCUUUGUCCGGAGGUGCGUAGAAAUAGAAUGGAAUAUUCUUUUUCCGGCAAGGUAUCUAAUUAGAAAAGUGUGCGCGCGGGUGUGUGAUAAUUAGAGAAAGAUAUUGUUUUAUUCAAAAUUUCGAGAAAAUAAUAUAAAAUGAAAAUACAGCUGUAAAAUAAAAAAGGAAAUGUACAUUGAAAAUCAUUCGAGAAGAUUUUAUUUAGGUAUUGGUUUGACUGUAUAUAUUUUUCAUAACAUGACAAUGUCAAUUUCUU